UGUAUAAGCAACCGUUAGCUCGCGAUGUUUUAACAUCUGAGAUCGUUCAGUUCAAAUCACAUCACUUCCUCACUGCCUUUCGCUCUCUGUAUGUGGCCUGAAGUAGGUUUUUUAAGCGCUCGUGCUAACGUCUUUGCGGAAAUAAAUUCCAAGUUGUCUUCGAUCACCAGUGUCUACCUCAGUUGAUUUGAAACGCAACCAGUAUGCCACAUCGACCCGGACCUAAUCAGUAAUUUCUCCUUAGAAGCUGUAUUCUAUAUCAUCUAGCCGGGGCUACCUUCACAGAGCUCCGUAGAGCACAAACCGUUACAGAUUGGAUGGAGAGCGUCCGGCUUUUUAAGAGACACAAGCGACGAUCACGGUACAACGUCUUCCACCGGGUGCUGUCCCUGCCGCUCCUGCCUUCUACGGCGAUGGAAAUUAUGAAUACAAGGAAGGUGUAUCGAAGUGCGCAGCUAAUAUACCCAGGCCCAAAAGCGACUCACGAUUGUGUACUCGGUUCAUACUUACGCCACGUCCGCGAACCGUAUUUUAGCACCGUGCAAGUGCCCUAUGGACCAGAUAUGCAUACCCGGGUAGCACAGACGGUUCAGCAACGUGCGUUUCCUCAUCAGACACCUGAUGGCCGCAGAAUUAUCCAUCAGAAUUACAACAACCCCGGGGGACUCUACUCUGCUCAGAAUGCGUCCGACGCUUUUGCACUCCAUACCGGCAUGCAUUCACCUCGUUCCGUGGGCAAUCCGGCUUCAAAAUUAGCGGACAUCACUAUGUCCCCCACUUAUCAACUCCUUCAUGCUGGUGAAUCUAUUCAGCAGCAUUCGCCAUCCCUGGGACAGGUAUAUUCGCCUACACAAAGCCAGGGUCAAGGACCCUGGAAAGCAUCCAUACCACCGCGAAGCGCUCCGACCCAGUCUACGUCGUUUAAUACAAUUAUGCAUGCCGUAUGCCCACCUGGAACAAAUAUGUAACGACGUUCGCAGCGCCGGUCACAGCAGCGGACGAAAUUAAGGAAUAGCGCGAGUCUUCGACCGGUCAUGUUAUCUAUGUCGCCCAGCAGAAGAAUUCAACAGUUGAUAAACUUAACUCUCAGCGAAAAUCUUCCUUGAAAUUAUAAUAAAGUGAAAACUAUUUAUUGUAGAUAGCUAGUUAAAGAGAACUUGAAAAUCCUCCGGCAAGCAGUAUCGUUCAAUUAUCUUAGUUAUAAUCGUUUGAAUGUCAUUGCCUAAAGAAAAGUUUAGUCAAUUAUAAAAGAGAAAUAUUAAUCCCUAAAAUGAUCGACUCCGGGUACUCAGUUACUAUCUUUAUGUUUCAAUGAGCGUUUUCCAUGUGAAGAUCACCUGAUAUUUUCUGUUAUGGACAGGGAUUCUGGGAAAACCGUUAUACAGUGUGCAAUAUUUUCCAGGAUUGUUCACAAUUCAACGACAAAUAUAUCAUGGAGAAUAAAAAACAGAUUUUCCCAAAUCUUGACUAUCCCAAAGGAUAAAUGUUGAAAUCACUGUCCUUAUAAGAAUUAUGAUAAUUUAUGUAUAAUUGUCUCAGAAACAGCCGGUUAACAAAGUGUUCCCGUGAAUCCAACUAUGAGAUCAACUUUCGCAUCAACCUAUCCCUGCUAUAAUCGUAAUCAUACUAGAGCACAAACGAACAAUGUAUCAGCGGAAUUUUCAAUAAACGCAAGGAUCUAU